UCCUACAGCUGGUACCAGAACUCUCUCUAAUCUUCACUGGAAGAAAAUGUCUAUCCAAAUUGAACACCCUGCUGGUGGCUACAAGAAACUAUUUGAAACUGUGGAGGAACUGUCCUCACCACUAACAGCUCAUGUCACAGGCAGGAUUCCCCUCUGGCUAACUGGCAGUCUCCUCCGAUGUGGGCCAGGGCUCUUUGAAGUUGGAUCUGAGCCUUUCUAUCACCUAUUUGAUGGACAAGCCCUUUUACACAAGUUUGACUUUAAGGAGGGCCAUGUCACAUACCACAGAAGAUUCAUCCGCACUGAUGCUUAUGUUCGAGCAAUGACUGAGAAGAGGAUUGUCAUAACAGAAUUUGGCACCUGUGCUUUCCCAGACCCCUGCAAGAAUAUAUUUUCCAGGUUUUUUUCUUACUUUCGAGGAGUAGAGGUUACUGACAAUGCCCUUGUAAAUAUCUACCCAGUGGGAGAAGAUUACUAUGCAUGUACAGAGACCAACUUUAUCACAAAGAUUAACCCAGAGACCUUGGAAACAAUUAAGCAGGUUGAUCUUUGCAACUAUAUUUCAGUCAAUGGUGCCACUGCUCAUCCACAUAUUGAAAGUGAUGGAACAGUUUACAACAUUGGCAAUUGCUUUGGGAAAAAUUUUACAGUUGCCUACAACAUUAUUAAGAUCCCUCCACUGAAAGCAGACAAGGAAGAUCCAAUAAACAAGUCAGAAGUUGUUGUGCAGUUCCCUUGCAGUGAUCGAUUCAAGCCAUCUUAUGUACACAGUUUUGGUCUGACUCCCAACUAUAUCGUUUUUGUGGAGACUCCAGUCAAAAUUAACCUUUUCAAGUUUCUUUCUUCGUGGAGUCUUUGGGGAGCCAACUACAUGGACUGUUUCGAAUCCAAUGAAAGCAUGGGGGUUUGGCUUCAUGUUGCUGAUAAAAAAAGAAAAAAAUAUUUCAAUAACAAAUAUAGGACUUCCCCUUUCAAUCUCUUCCAUCAUAUCAAUACCUAUGAAGACAAUGGAUUUCUGAUUGUGGAUCUCUGUUGCUGGAAAGGGUUUGAAUUUGUUUAUAAUUACUUAUAUUUAGCCAAUUUACGUGAGAAUUGGGAAGAAGUAAAAAGAAAUGCUAUGAAGGCUCCUCAGCCUGAAGUCAGGAGAUAUGUACUUCCUUUGACAAUUGACAAGGUUGACACAGGCAGAAAUUUAGUCACACUCCCCCAUACAACUGCCACAGCCAUUCUGUGCAGUGAUGAGACCAUAUGGCUGGAACCUGAGGUUCUCUUUUCAGGGCCUCGUCAAGCCUUUGAAUUUCCUCAAAUCAAUUACCAGAAAUUUGGGGGGAAACCUUAUACUUAUGCAUACGGACUUGGGUUGAAUCACUUUGUUCCAGACAAGCUCUGUAAGCUGAACGUCAAAACUAAAGAAAUCUGGAUGUGGCAAGAGCCAGAUUCUUACCCAUCUGAACCCAUCUUUGUUUCUCAACCAGAUGCUCUGGAAGAAGAUGAUGGUGUGGUUCUGAGUGUGGUGGUAAGCCCUGGGGCAGGACAAAAGCCUGCAUAUCUCCUGGUUCUGAAUGCCAAAGACUUGAGUGAAAUUGCCAGGGCUGAAGUGGAGACUAAUAUCCCUGUGACCUUCCAUGGACUGUUCAAAAGAUCAUGAACAUAUUCCAGAGAUGGCUCAGCAGUACAACACUGACUGCCCUUCUACAGAUCCUGAGUUCAUUUCCCAAUGAUCACCUGGUGACUCACUUCCAUCUGAAAUGGAAUCUGAUGCCCUCUUCUGGUGUGUCUGAAGACAGCUACAGUGUACUCAUAUAUGUAUAUGAUAAAUAAAUCUUUAAAAAAA